AUGUCCGAGACCUUUAAAGGAGUAUGGAUGGAUUACAUUGGCGCUUCUUUAAGUGACCUUGCUAAACAGUUCACGAUUGAGGCUAUUGAGGAUAUCAUUCACUCAACCAACGUGUUUCCGCUAGACCCUAAGAUCCUGGCCAUCUCUUCCAAGGCCAUCUUUGGAUCGUUCAUCUCUGCACAUUUUGGAGCAGACGUAAUGAGGAACGCUUUUGAGCUCAUCGAGGUUAAGUUAUGGGAAGACUUUUCUCGCCUCAAGACUGUCUGCAGUACCUCAUCAUGA